AUGGAUCUGAUAGUGGUUGCUAUUAAUAACAAGAUAACUAUAUCUGUAUCGCUCCUAAUGUUUCUUUUUGGCCUUUUAAUUUCCUUUUUCACAAUAUACCAACACUUUCUUCACUACAAUGUACCACGGUUACAGAUUUACAUCACUCGCUUACACAUUUAUGUUCCCGUAUAUAGUAUACUGAAUCUACUCAUAUUUUCAAUAUCUCUAGCCCGGGGCAUUUUGAUACCAAUAAGGGAGUUAUGUGAAGCUAUCGCAAUUUACUCGUUUAUGUGCCUCAUGCUGGAGUAUUGCGGUGGAGUUAAUCAGUGCGGGGAAAGCAUAUCUAACCAUCCAGCCACUCUCAAGCAUAUAUGGCCCGUGAACAAUAUUCCUCUUUUCAACCUAACUGAAGAUAUACCUUUAAACGCAGGCUUUGUUAAAAUGUGUAAAAAGUCGGUGCUUCAAUAUGCAUUUGUGCGUGUUUUUUUCUCGAUAUUGGCCAUAUUGAUUACGCUGUUUUGCGGUGACGCAAUGGAGAUAACUUGGUUUUCGGUUUCUUCCUACAUAGUAUACAAUAUUAGCAUUUCAAUUGCACUAUACGGAUUGUCUCUGUUAUAUUUUGCAAUAAAGGAUCAUCCUCAGCUCAAAAAUGCCAAUCCGAUAUUCAAGUUCAUAUCAUUCAAGUUACUGAUAUUUGCCACUUACUGGCAAGGCCUAUUUAUCGUCAUGUUCAUCAGAAUUCCUGCAUAUUACCAAAUGAAAUUUGGUGCUUUGUUGUUGCUGAUGGAGACGCCCAUUUUUUGCAUAGUUCAAAGAGUGGCAUUUAAUGUCUCAGAAUUUAUCCAUGAACCAAAACAAAUAAAACAAGUGGAUUCGGUACUAUCAACCAAAAAUGUGGUUCAAUUCCCUACUUAUCAGUGGAUAGAGCCACAAAAUCAUUCCUGGGAUAUUAAAAAUGAACAGUUUGAUCUAGAUCCAACUUCCACAGAUUCGAAACCAAAGUACCACAAAUACACCUUGAUCAUCAUGAAAAUUAUGAACAUGUUAAAAAUUCCUUGUGCAGAUAACAUAGAAGACUUUAAUUCAAUUUUUUCACCGGAACAUAGGGCUUUGGUUUUUAACAAUGCAAUGGCCGCUAUGAAUCUUAGGGAUAUGAUAGCGGACUCAUUCUACAACUUUAGCAAAAACUAUCGCGAGCAUGUCAUCCUUUCACUGCAGGAGGAGAAUGAAUAUGUAAAUUAUACAGAAGAAAAUGGUUCUAAUGAACAGAUGACAUUCGCCGAAUUCGAUCAGGCCCUAAACCACCUUCAAUAG